CUCCCCCAUUCCGCCCCCUCAUCCGCCUUUAAAUCGUCUCCUCUUUCCCAAUAUCGAGGCUCGAUUCGCCGCCAAUGGCUUCUCCAUCGCCUUCAGGAGAGAUUCACGUAAUCCUGGGCCCGAUGUUCGCCGGGAAGACCACCGCCCUCCUCCGGAGGAUCCAGGCCGAGAAGGACUGCGGAAGAUCGGUGGCGGUGAUUAAACCGAAGAGGGAUACGCGGUACGGACUCGAUUCGGUGGUGACGCAUGAUGGAGUCAGGAUGCCAUGCUUUUCUCUCUCGAAGCUUUCUUCUCUACGAGAUAAAAUAGGAGACGCAGCCUAUCAAAAGUUGAACGUAAUAGGUAUUGAUGAAGCCCAAUUCUUCAAAGAUCUCUAUGAUUUCUGCUGCAAUGCUGCUGAUCUCGAGGGAAAAAUUAUUGUUGUUGCAGGCCUUGAUGGUGACUACUUAAGGAAGAGAUUUGGCUCUGUGCUUGAUGUUGUGCCACUUGCUGAUUCUGUCACUAAGCUUACAGCCCGUUGCGAGAUUUGCAGUAGGCGUGCUUUCUUUACACUGAGGAAGACGAACGAUACCCAGACGGAGCUUAUUGCUGGGGCUGAUGUAUACAUGCCCGUCUGCAGGCAACACUAUGUGAAUGGAAAAGCUACCAAGUCCAUGUUAGCUCUCCAAGUUUCCUCCACUGCUCAAAGUCUGAAGUGAUCAUCCCUGUACUGCUCUGUGUGUGCCUUGAUUUUUAUCUUUGUUUCUUUUCCUAUUCUAUUUGAUUCCUUGAUCAUGAUAUGGAUGUAUUGUUUUAAAUCUUCACAGUAUUCUUAUUCAUGUGUGCUU